ACGUUUACGACGCUCCCGAUUGGCUGACCAGGCAGGUAGCGAUCGGCUUCGGGACAUAAACAACCGACUGUUCCCUUGUACUCUAUUACGCACCAACCUAGUUAAGUUUUUCUAACUUAUUAAAAGGGCAGUGCAGAGUUAACUUCCAGAAAAAUCUAUUGCAACAUAUCCGACACAAGGUCAAACAUGAGGCUCUGCUCGCUUCUUCUGCUCUGCCUGGCAGCAUACCUGUCAUCCUCCUAUGUGAUUUCCCCUUCAAAUAUGUGGACCAAACUGAUCCUGACCCACCACUGGCCAAGCACCUUCUGUGGUAUGGAACACCCAGUCUGUCAUCCCAACAUCAGCUACUGGACACUCCAUGGACUCUGGCCAGAUAAAGGGAUGGAAUGCAAUUCAUCAUGGCAUUUCAACUCUUCCCAAAUAGAGGACCUGCUCCCAGACAUGAAGAGGAGUUGGCCUGACUUAUUAAGUCCUUUGUCUACUGGAUUCUGGAAGUAUGAGUGGCACAAACAUGGUACAUGUGCAGCCAAAGCAGAGUCUCUGAACAGCCAACAUAAAUACUUCAGCAAGGCCCUGGAACUAUACCAUAAAGUGGAUUUGGACAGCAUUCUGACGAAGUUUGACAUCAUCCCUUCUGCAAAUUACUACAAACUUUCACAAAUUGAAGGAGUCAUAGAGAACUUCUACAGCGUCAAACCGAAGAUCCAAUGUGCUCAACCGUCAAAGAAUGCAGCUUUUCAGAUUUUGGGGCAGAUAGAGAUCUGCUUCAACUCUGAAUUCACCCUCGUGGAUUGUGAGAAACAUUUAACAACGACACCUAAGGGACACUUUGACAAUGAAAUCGCAGUUGAGAAGACAUCUGGGUUCAGUGUGUGUGACCCGGAUAUGCCGGUUUACUACCCAACACCCUCAUAAAAGAACAUAAAACUGAAACACGACAGCACACUACAACCCCACAUUUACGCACAGGGACAUAAAAACAAAUCAACUGUACUGUGAUUCAGCAUGUUCGCACAACAACUUAAUUCCUUUUUUCUCAGGGUUCAAAUUGAACACCAUAACUAAAACACUUAUGUAUGUCAAUCCCCCACACGAUCAGUUCCGCUCUGAAAACAUUUUUGUUAACUGCAUUUAAAUUCUGGUGGUGACAGGUACUUUGCUUCAGGUUACACACUCCGCUACUUAGUAAAGCUUUAAUGGCAUUAAGUGCCUUCCUGUCCAUUGCUGGUAGAUGAAUCCGAUAUAGUGCACAGCAUGUUUCUUUCCAGGCCUCAACAGGGGGCAUCGUGGGGAGUUUCGGUCAGCUGGUUGGGCAGAUGGGACAGUUAAUAUACAUCAUCUUGUUGGUGAAUGAGUGGAGCCUUGCAUCAGAUUAUCAGGUGACUCUUACUCUAUGUUAUUGGUAGGGUAGAUGUCAAUCUUUAGUACAUAUCUUUUAAGGACUGGGAAUAUUUUAUACCACAUUUAUGUGUUUAUGUGCCUCUUGAUUAUGGCUAUAUCUUUUUUGCAGGGUGAUUAGAUUUUCAUCCAAUGAAAACAGCAGGAUUUUCUUAUUGUUAAAUCACUACCGUUAUAUAAUAGGGUAACGAGCACAUUGUAAAUCGCUUUGGGGGGCAAAGGUUGUAGUUUUUCAGUCAUUAUAAACGUGUGGUAGUUAUCAUUGCUACCUUUUUUGAAGUUUGCCUAGUACAUAAAUCAUUAUUCAGUAUUCUGUUUUAGGCCUGGUUAUGUCUGUCUAUGAUGCUUAAAGACUGCUAGUCAUAUAGUGAAGUUGAAAAAAUUGAAAGCAUUAUGUAUGGAUUAGAAAGUAAAAAUAAAAUAGUACAAUAUGUGUGAAUUAAAUGCUUUGGUUUCUUUUACAUUGCUAUUUUUAGUAGAUAUGAGUUAACAACCUCAAAGAGUACACUAUAAGCAAUAACUUACACUAGAUGUCAUACAAAGUUAUCAUGCACCAUUUGUGUCACACAUGCUCUAGGCCUGUAAAGAUAAAAUAGUUGUUGCAAAUGUUUAUCUAAACACUUCAAUCCCCCAAAUAUUUGUACAAUGGCUUGUUUCUAUUUGUCCUGUUUGGCUAUGGCUACUCUUGGCAUGUAUAAAUGAAUUCAGUGUAAGCAAAAAGGCAAAAUAAUGAUUAUAAUUGGCAGCUACAGUGGACACAUGCUGUGGUGCUAAGUAAAUACUGAAAUGAACAUUUGUACUUGCAUUGUUUUAAUAUCAAUAAAACAUUCAAUAUCUA